UUUCAUACAUUCAACGUUUCAAAUACAAGAUAGGAACAGAAGGCCAAUUUCACUUCCAUCCAGUUGUUUUGGUUUCAAUUUCUUAGGUAAUCCAUCACCAUUCGAUCUGAGAUCUGCAGGUUUAACCAAUGUCCCGCACUAGGGGCACCUUCUUUGCCUCUCAAACCACUCUGAUAUACAAUCUGGGAAAACUUUCCCGCACUGAUUUCUGAGCUUUUGCCCGCCGGCCGCCGCACUCACAGCGCUGAAUAGCAAAAAGCAUGCAGAGUUUAAACGGAGCCUUUCGUCUUUUUCGUACAAUCCCAUUGGCUGGGUCGCUUUCGGUUCGCAAUUCUUGCUCCAAAUUAUUCGUUGGAGGGCUGUCUUAUGAUACAAACGAGACUGUUUUGAAAGAUGCUUUUGAGGAACAUGGUGAAAUCAUUGAAGUUCGGGUUAUUUGUCAUCAUGUGAGUGGGAAAUCAAGAGGGUAUGGAUUUGUGCGGUUUGCUUCUGAAGCUGCAGCUGAUGCUGCUCUUAAAGAAAUGCAUUCUCAGGUAUUGGAUGGUAGAAAUAUUCGUGUUGAGUAUGCACACAAGGGAUGAUGGUUGAUGUUUUUCGACACAGGUAGCUCUGCUUGCCUCAAAAGUUUGACUGAAUCUUGCACGCCAUGUUGUGAUGCAAAAUGAGGAUAUUGAUGCUGCCACCUCAUGGACCGGUUAAUUUGCGUUUGCAGGUCCAAAUGCGAACAAUGGAUUUUUUUUCUGGAAACAUUAUAACUCAAGGGUUUCCAUUUGGCAUGGGAUUGGGGGCAUCGGUUUCUUGGGUCCAAAGGGAUGAGUUUUCUUUCAUGCCAUAAUGAUCCCCAAAACUUGGAGUUGGCUUUCUGAGUAGAAUGUUUGUAGCUUGCUGUGCACUAGUGACAAACUUGAUGCAGCUUAUUCAGGCAGGGGUAGUAUGGAUUAGGGAAAUGGCAGCUUAAAAGCUAGUUCUUUCUUUUUAUGUUUUCGAAAUAUUUGACUAUUUGAAGUUGUAUUAUUUUAGCUCUGGCUAUCCAAGUUGCAAGAUUAGCUGAAAGAAAUGCCAUAUUGGCAAAUAUGUUGGCCAGAUGGAUGUUC